AUGCCGAUGAACCAGAACCACGCGGACCUGCCCAAGUUCCGCAGCACGCAUGAAAGCGACUACCAGCUGCUAAUCAUGUACCUGAAUGAAUUUUGGAGGGAGGCUGUCCACGACGUGGAGAUGAGGUUUGGCUUUGAAGAAUCCACAUCGCGACGUCCCGAACCCUUCUCGACCGUCCCUUUCCUUCCCGAUGCCGAUUUCGUCGAGCGCCCAGACGUGACUGCGUGGCUGAAUACAACCCUCGCGCAGCCAGGCAGCCGUGCCGCCCUUGUCGGCCUGGGAGGUAUCGGCAAGUCUCAGGUAGCGAUCGAGUACGCGCACCGAACCCGACAACAAUCGCCGAGCACGUACGUACUCUGGGUACACGCCGACACCCAAGCGCGGUUUGAGGAGGCGUAUCGCGUCAUUGCGGACCGACUGCAGCUGCCGCAGCGCUAUGAUCCCAAGGUCGAUGUGCUACAGCUGGUGUAUGACUGGUUGUCCAGCGCCGAGAAUGAACACUGGCUGAUGAUACUGGAUAAUGCGGACGAUGUCGAAGUAUUCUUUCCAAGGCGCCACGACCGGGCUGGGACGACUGCAUCGAAGCAGCAACCACUCGCACAGCUUCUGCCGCAGACUAAGAAUGGCAGGAUCCUUAUUACAUCACGGAACAGGGAUGCGGCCGAACGACUGGCAGGCACCUGGGGCAUAUUCUUCAUCCAGCGGAUGGACGAGAACCAAGCAACGCAAUUACUUCAGAAAAAGCUUCGAGACAAAUACGACGAAGAGGCAGCCGCCGCCCUAGCUCAAGCGCUCGAAUAUAUACCUCUCGCAAUCACCCAGGCAGCCGCGUAUAUUGUCCGACGAUGGCCACGGAUGUCGUGCUCGACGUACCUGGAACACUUUCGAAAGAAUGAGAAAAAGAAGGAAAGUCUGCUAAAUCGAGAUCUGGGUGAUCUUCGGCGCGACGGCACGGCGGCAAACUCGGUGGUGGUGACGUGGCAGAUGACGUUCGAACAGAUCCAGAAGGAGCGGCGGUCGGCCGCAGACUUGCUCUCUCUCAUGAGCCUUUUCGACCCGCAGGAGAUACCGGAAUGGGUACUGCGAAGCUACUAUCGGAAGGAAAACGAUGAGGACUGCGAGGAUGAUAACGACGAUGACAACGACGGUGACAACGAUGAUGACAACGACGAUGACAACGACGAUGACAACGACGAUGACAACGACGAUGACAACGAUGAUGACAACGAUGAUGACAACGACGAUGACAACGACGAUGAUGACGACGGUCUGGAUGAUGAUCUAGAAACGCUCCGAGAUUACUCGUUGGUGGCCGUAACCGUGCAACAAGGUAUCUAUGAGAUGCAUGCACUCGUGCAGUUUUGUGCACGAGCCUGGCUCUCGUCAGUGGGUGAUAUGGCAAGAUGGAAGCAGACAUUUCUGCACAUCAUGUCAGAGAAUUACCCGCCGGGGAGUUAUGAGAACUGGUCAAAGUGUCAGCAACUUGAGCCUCACAUUGCGCAGCUUGUAGAAACGCAGCCUGCAGAUGCUGAGGAUGCGACAGAAUGGGCGCGGUUAUUGACAAACGCAGGAUGGUAUGGGUGGCAAGUGGGAGGAUACGAGAGGGCCGAGGCAUUGCUUUGGAAGGCAGUGGAGGUUCGAGAGGCAGUUCUUGGUGCAGAGAGUAGCGAUACACUUACAAGCGUCAGCAUUCUUGCUCUUGUGCUGCGGGGCCAGGGCAAGUACGAAGAGGCAGAGGCGAUGAACCGACAGGCGCUUGAUAGUCGCGAAAAGGCGCUGGGCAAGCACCAUCCUUCCACACUCACGAGCGUCAGCAAUCUUGCUACAGUGCUGCAGGACCAGGGCGAGUACGAAGAGGCAGAGGCGAUGAGCCGACGGGCGCUUGAUGGUCAUGAGAAGGCGCUGGGCAAGAACCAUCCAGACACACUCACGAGCAUCCACUGCCUCGCUUACCUCUACCAUAUGCAAAACCGAGUCGAUGAAGCCGGCGAGCUUUAUGUCACCGCCUUGAAUGGAUUCAGGAAAGUGUUAGGGCCAACUCAUCCUACUACGUUAGCUUGCGAGGGUCAUUAUGCAUCUUUGAGUGAAAAGACGGCUGCAAUGAGGUAA